CAUUUGCUACCGUCAUAGCUCAGCACUUCGACGCUCACAGUAGAUCUAGUGGGGUCAAUAUGUUCACUGCGAGCCACCAGUAACACACCUUACUUAGCCAAACGGUUAUUGAUGGCACAUCAUUUUACUCUCUUUUUAAACUGAUUAUUUAGACCGUAGAUUUUGAAUACAUGUUUCAUUGUUUGGAUAGUCAAAUUUCACAGUUAUGAGAUAACUAAGCAUGCGAUUCCGAAUUUAUUGUGACAAAUAUGAAUCACCAUACAGAUAGCAGAACUUCAGUGGAACUUACAACUCGUAAUUCACUGCUGCAGGGACAAAGUGUUUUAAACAAAGGGACUGAUGAAGAACUGAUCUGUUGGGGCUACAGAAAGUCAGCCUGGAAGCAAGUUCUGUUCUAUUUCAUUGUGGUGUUCACAUUAGGGGCAAUAUUGUUGGUUAUUCGAUGGAAGCCAGAAAUUGGAUGUUACUUGAGAUGGCAGCAUUGCUCACUUCACAAGGCUCAGUAUGUUCUUCUCAAGACACGCUUUGGCACAAAAACUGUCAUCAAAGUGGAAAUAUUAUUUGAACCGAUUGAUGGCCCAGUGAUUUACAGGACAGACACUAGCAUUAGGGACCAUGCUGGCAAUUAUACUGAGUCUCCGGCAGGCAGCACAACUGAUGUGUCAGACAAUAGCUCACUACUCAGAGCCUCCUGGGUGUCUGACCAUGACUCAGGUCUUCACUAUUUUGACUACCAGCAUACAAGAUACAUCUGGGAUCAGAUCAAAUCUGCUUUCAGAAAACUGGAGGAUCUUUCAACUAAAACAACCUGCCAUACUUUACAUGAGCGUUAUAAAGGAAUGUCAAUGGAGCAGCAAGCUGCGAGGAGACGUCUGUAUGGCUCAAACAGUAUGAUAAUUGAAAUACCAUCCUACUGGGAAUUGUUAGUCAAUGAAGUGUUGAAUCCCUUCUAUAUCUUCCAAAUUGGAAGCAUCACACUUUGGUCCAUAGAUGAAUACUACUACUAUGCAGCCUGCAUAUUUUUUAUAUCUGCAAUGUCUAUUACCAUCUCUUUAGUAGAAACUAGAAAGCAAAGGGUUACUUUAAGAAAUAUGGUGGCUACAGAAGAAAGAGAUUUGGAAGUUAGCAAUGAAAAGCAGGAAUUUGUUCUGAAACCAGAACACCUGUUGGUACCUGGAGAUGUGAUUGCCAUUCCUGCUCAUGGCUGUGUCAUGUCAUGUGAUGCAGUACUCACUGCAGGCACCUGUAUAGUAAAUGAAAGUAUGCUUACAGGUGAAAGUGUUCCAGUGACAAAAACACCUUUGAUGCCUGCAGAAGAUGAAGAAAUUUACUCUCCUGAAACUCACAAGCGGCAUACAUUGUUCUCUGGCACUAAAAUUGUUCAGACACGCUACUAUGGUCAGGCAAAGGUCACAGCUGUGGUUGUAAGAACUGGUUUCAACACCGCAAAGGGUGAGCUUGUGCGAGCUAUCUUGUUUCCUAAACCAUUGGACUUUAAGUUUUAUCGAGAUGCUUUAAGGUUCAUCCUAUUUCUAGCUGGAGUUGCCUGCCUGGGCAUGGCCUAUUCUCUGUACACAUAUAUCAAAUACAAGGAAUCAUGGGACAGAACGCUCAUUCGUGCCCUUGACAUUGUGACAAUCAUUGUGCCUCCUGCAUUGCCAGCAGCCAUGACAGUGGGCACAGUGUAUGCCCAGAGUCGCCUUAAGAAGUCCAAAAUAUUUUGUAUCAGCCCUCCCAGGAUUAACUUCUGUGGAAGAAUUAAUGUUUUUUGCUUUGACAAGACAGGAACAUUAACAGAGGAUGGGCUUGAUAUGUGGGGUGUAGUGCCUGUCAGCAAUCAAAGGUUUGCCCAAGCAGUGCCUGAUCCAUCCUCUUUAGAGCGUGGACCUCUGCUAGUGUCUCUUGCUACCUGCCAUUCACUGACUAUCAUAGAUGGAGAGCUGAGUGGCGAUCCUCUGGAUUUGAUAAUGUUUAAUGCCAUUAAGUGGCACUUGGAAGAACCUGGUGCAGACACCCACAAGUUUGACAUUAUUGCACCCACUGUUGUCAAGCCUUAUAGUGCUGAUACUUUCUUAGGAGAAGAGGAAGAGUUUGAGUAUCUUCAGCGUGAGGAGCAUAGUCCCAGCAGCACGGCCAGAAGAUGGCAGCACUCUCUGUCUAUUCAAGAAGAAGAAAACAACACAGAGCAUCCAUUUGAAGUUGGCAUCAUCAAGCAGUUCACUUUUUCCUCUGCAUCCCAGUGUAUGAGUGUCAUUACAAGAACCAUGGGAGAGAACCACAUGGAUAUCUUUUGCAAGGGCGCUCCAGAAAAAAUUGCUUCCCUGUGCAAGCCAGAAACUGUUCCUCAAGAUUUUCCAACAGUUCUGCACAACUAUUCAAUCCAGGGGUUUAGAGUCAUAGCUCUUGCCUAUAGGCCCAUGGAUCCCAAAAUAACAUGGCACCAUGUCCAAAGGAUAUCUAGGGACAAAGUGGAGAAUGAUUUGAUAUUUUUGGGUUUGUUGGUAAUGCAGAACCAACUAAAGCCACAGACAAUGCCAGUCAUUAGAACAUUGAAGGAGGCAGAUAUUAGAACAGUCAUGAUUACAGGUGACAUGAUACAGACAGCCAUUAGUGUGGCCAGGAACUGUCGGAUGGUUGGAAAGCAUGAUAAAGUCAUUUUGGUCCGGGCCCAUGCUCCAGAUAAAGAAAAUCCAGCCAGGGUGGAGUUUGAGGAGACAGAACAUUUGUCUUGUAUGGAAGACACUGUGGAUAUAGCAACAGAUAAUUGGCCACUAGUAGCAGAAGACUGUUUAAUAGAAUCUACUGACACUUGUACCUCACUUGGAAAGAAGUACACCAGAGUUCAAGUGGGUGAAAUAAAAAGUAGGAAUCACUUGGCAGUAAGUGGGCGAUGCUUUGGGAUCAUCUCUUCUUAUUUCCCAGAAAUACUUUCAAAGAUUUGUGUUCAAGGAACAAUAUUUGCCAGGAUGUCACCAGAGCAGAAAUGUCAACUUAUUGAACAUCUUCAAGCUCUAGACUACACAGUUGGUAUGUGUGGAGAUGGAGCUAAUGACUGUGAGGCUUUGAAAGCUGCACAUGCUGGUAUAUCACUCUCAGAAGCUGAAGCAUCAGUGGCUGCUCCCUUUACAUCCUGUGUCAACAACAUUGAGUGUGUGGUCACUGCCAUGAGGGAAGGCCGAGCAGCUUUAGUGACAUCCUUUGGUUGUUUUAAAUACAUGGCACUGUACAGUUUCAUUCAGUUUAUUUCUGUUUUAAUCUUGUAUACAUAUCUGACCAACUUAUCUGAUUUUGAGUUUCUUUAUAUUGAUUUGAUAAUCACAACAACCAUUGCCAUACUGAUGGGUAACACAGCAGCUUACAAGAAACUUGUGAAGAAGAAACCACCAGGCAGUCUGGUUAAGUUGUCUAACUUGAUAUCUAUUCUGAGUCAAGUUCUACUCUCCUUUGUGUUUCAGAUAGGUGCUUAUCUGUACCUGAGCAAAGUAAGGGCAGAACAUCCACAUCAAUUCCGAUUUGAAAUGUUUGUCAAUAGCUCUCUAGGAUUUAGUAAUCAAACUUUAGGAUUCAGUAAUGGAACUCUAGGAGAAAAUGAUGCCAAAGAAGCCAAGUCCUGGGAAAGUAGUACUAUAUUUCUGGUUUCCUCAUACAUGUACAUUGCUGUGGCCUUCACCUUCUCAAAAGGUCCACCAUUCCGGAAACCUAUUUAUACUAAUGUGAUCUAUACAAUUACCUUGGUUGUACUAUUCGGUUUCUCCACCUUUUUGCUACUGAUGCCAUUGAGACCAAUUACAGAUUUUUUUGAUAUGAUGCCCAUGGAUCAGACAUCUUUGAUUCAUUUCCGUCUGGUUCUGUUUGAAAUAGCUCUUGCAUUUAUGGUUGCUUCAUACAUUACAGAGUGGAUCAUAGUAGAGAGCGGCUGGCUAAAAUGUUUCUAUCGAGCUGUCAGCAGAUGGAAAAAAUCUCAGCGUAGCAAAUACAAAAUUAUACAGCAAGAGAUUGAUGAUUCAGACUGGCCUCCCUUGGAGCCGCAGAUACUUUUGGCCUCUCGUCAUUCCUCUGUAGCUAAAGAUGCUGUUGUAGAUGUGGAGGAAGAAUAAGUUCAUGCUGGAAUUUGUUUCUCUUUGAAUGUUUCUUUCCUCGCAUGUGAUAAUAAAGUGGAAUUGGAUUUUUGAUCUGGUUCAAAGUAAAAAUGUUUGUGAUAAAAUCAGAAAAUCCUUGCUUAUUAGCAUUCAUCAGUGGGAGGUAAACUCAUGUUUUUUUUUUCCUGUGCUUUCUAUAAGUAUUAUGGGAAGUACAUUUUUGUCAAGACAUUUGGAUUAUCUAAACAAGAGUUAUAAAGUGAGCAAUAAUAUGCAAUACAUUUUAGUAUUUGGCAAUAAUUGAGCUUACUAUGUACAUUUUUUACAUAUAUGUUAUACUUGCCUGUGGUUAUUGUAAAAAUUUUCAGUAUUGUCUUUCAUGUCUUUAUUUCUUGAUAAACCAAUUCAAUUUAUUUGCUAUAAGUUCCAGAGUAAGCUAUUACCUUGCAGUGUAAUAUUAGUCUUAAAAAUAGUGGUAAAAAUGUAAAAUAUAAAAAAAAAAAAACUUUUAGUACUCCUAAAUCUUAAUAAUUGUUUUUCUCUUGUUUAGAAUAUGUGUUUUGUUAUGAACACAACUUUAAAAGAAUUUAAGUCAUUGAUUUACAUGCAUGACUAGUUUGACGCAUGAAAUGCGUAGGACGUAAUUAUCUUCUUUUUUUUGAAGUAACAUCUGUAAUCUAUAAGAUAACAAGCAGAUAAGAUAAGGCUGUAGUUAACUUUCUAGUUAACAUGCUCAAAAAUGUUCAAAACCAAAGUCACUGCUGGAAGCAUAGUAAGAGACUCAGUGUCAAGGAGAGCCUAGUUAGAAAUGUAUGCCAAUUUAUUAUUUACUUUAAUUCAUUAACAAAAAAUUAUACAGCCACAAAAUUUUUGUUUUAUAAAUUACAAGAUUAUUUUGAUGGGUAAAAAUGUAUAUAUUUAAAGAUAUUUUUAAAAAAAUGUAUAUAUGAAUGUACAUUCCAAAGCCUAAUGGUCAACACUGAGCUUAAAAAGCAUCAUGAUCAUACUAGGUCAAUGUAAAGGGAACAUUAUGAUUCAGUGUUCAGACAUUUGAUUAGUCUUUUUCUAAUAGGGUGUGAAAUGUUGAACUUGCAUUGUAGUUUUGACUUUUUAAGGCUACUAUGGUACUGUUGAAUAUAUUGUUCAUUAUAGAGUUGAAGGUGUAAUUUCAAUUAUUUUUUGUUCUUCAAAAAAUUGUAUUCUAAAUUAUCAACAAAUAUUUGUCAGUUCUUCUAAGAUGAAGAUUUACUUUAGCACCACUUUCGUGGCUAUUUAGUGGUCUUGGUGCUGAUUUUUAGAAAGAGUGGCAAUCAGUAAUAUUGGAAGGUGGUCACUACCAAUAUUGCCUAGUACUUGAUAAGUUAUGACAAUUCCAAGUUAACAGAGAUUAAAGAAAGAUCUGGUCGUGAUAGUGAACCAUUGCUAGCAUGCAGAGGAGUAGGAGGAGCGUGUGGAGAUAAAUUGUUUAAUGAUUUUUUUUAUUAUUAGUUGGCAGGGAAAUGGAGAUAUAAAAAUCUAUUUAAAUUUAAGCAGCAAUGGAAGAUUAUUUGAAAAAAAAAAUAAGAUAUUGGUAAUAGAGAGUAAUGUUAAGUGUUAUGAUAAGAUACUAUAUUUAUCUUUAACUUGAACUUAUGACACUGUUAACUUAUUAUUCCCUGUUCAGUAAUAUCAUGUCUCCCCCCCUUAACAUAUUCACUAGUUUGCUUUUAGUUAUAUAUUAUUUUCUGACAUUUGCUACUAUUAAAUAGUUUGAAUACUUCCUAGAUGUAGUAUCUUUGGGACUGGACAUUCUCUUAAGCUUGUUCUAAUGGUUGUAAAUAUAUUGUAAUUAGUACAUGAUUUGUUAAGCUUCAACAUUAUAUCUAAAUGUCCACUCUUUGCUAAUAAAUUAUUUUCUUAAAAAAAUUAUUCAUAUUUUUAAAAAAAUUGUUUGCUUGUCUAUUUAAAAAUUAUCUUUGUAAUAUAAGAAAAAAUGUCUUUUCUUUACAAAAUGUCACUGCUGAAUUGAAACUGAAGUUUGGGACACACUGUAAGGACUGCAGCAUAAUGAAAAAAAAACCCUCCAGUUAGGUCACUGCACUUCUGAGUACGUUGUAAGAAAAAUCCAUUUUUGCAUUUCAAAUUAUAUCCAGACUUGUAGUCAAUAUAUGCUAGCAUUUAAAAAGAAAAUUUGGACUGGUUUUAGAGUUCAAAUUUAUGUGCUUUUAUAGUAAAAAAAAUUGUUGUUUAACUUAAAUAUUUUGCCUUGCCACCUAUUUUUUUUGUUAAUUCUAGUCUGUAGAAUGUAUUCAAUUUUUGCAUACACAAUAUUUGUGAGUGAUGAUGUUUGCUGGUUUAAAAUUGGAUACAGGAUGCAACUUAUUGAUCUUUUUCUUCAGUUAGGCACAUUUAUUUUUUUCUCAAUGGGAAUUGAUCAUUGAAAGAGUCUCACUGAGGAUUAGUAGUAUGAUAAAGUUGGACCCCUCCUUGCAAACACAGACAAUAUGGUGUAUAAAACAUGAGUCAUCCUUUCAUUUGUACAUUUCUAUACCAUUUAUAACAUUUUGCUUUGCAAUCCGCUCAUACAUAGUGUUAAUAUGUAAACAUACUUUUUAAUCAACUAUACAGCAAUCCCACUGUUUGUUCUUUUGUUGAAGUGCUUCUACUGUUUAUUUUAAUUUGCAUUUAUUAAACUUUUAAUGCAAAUUUGAACAAAAUUUGAACUAUGAUAGUUUGUUUUUUUUAAUUCUAUUUUUUUUGUUCUUGUCAUGUAAAUCUUUAUUAAAUGUAGGCAACAACACCAGUAUUUUGUUGUGGCACCUUUUCUUUUGUAUGUAAACAUGAUUUGGCCAAUAAAUUAAUGAUUUGAGUAUAAACUGAAACUAAUCUAUAGCUCUAAAAUGUAAAUAGAUGUGUUGGAAACUAAGUAUAGACUUUUAAUACUACACAGUAUCUAGUCAUGAAUAGUUUUUUUGUUAAAAAGUUCUAAUUUUAAACCUAUUGGUACACGAUUCUCAUGUUCUACUGUUAGUCUAUACAUGAUUGAAGAAAUUACUAUUGAAGUGAUUUUAAUAAAACUAAACACUUUCUUGUUACACUAGAACACUUUAUUAAGCUUGCAGUCAUAUAGCUAGAAGUUUAGACUAGGACUUUUGUCAAUCUUUUCUUUUCUUAACAAUUUCUAAAACUUUCAAUAAAUUGGUGUUAGCUGAUCUGUCAUUUGGGUUCUAGGAGAGAAUGUUUUUGAUCUUCUUGCAAGGUUCACGCUGAUUCAAUGAUUAAUUGGGUCAACUCACAAGGCUGCAUCUAACGAUGCACAUACAUUGUCUGUCCAACAUUCCUUUGCUAGCUGAAGUUGUUCCUUUAUUGAAGCCUGUAAGGGAUAAGAGGUCAAAUGUCUGGCUUGCGAAGGUUUUGGGGUCAAGUCUAGUUGAAAACAGAAUAUGUCUAAUCAGGUACUACAGAACUUUCUUAAGUUUAAGCUCUGAUGAUGUAAGAAAGUGGAAAUAGUUAUAAUGCUGGUUGAUGAAGUGUUAACUGCAACAGAGGAUAUCUAUUUCAUAGAUCUUAAUUGUUGAAUACAAAUUGUACCAUGCUUAAGAAAGCCAGUCAUUCUUGAUUUGUGUAGGAAGUAAUUUUUGUUAAGAAUUUCUUGGAUCUCACACUUUUAUUCUUGUGUCAUUGAAAAAAAAAAAAUGUACACUAUGUACAUAUGCUUCAGAUUUUCUCAGUACGCAUGCAUUAGAUGAGUCACAUGUAGGUUAGUGACAUUUUCAGCAUGUAAAUUGACUAGAAGCCUGCUGAGGGAAAAUGGGUUUGUAAACAUUGAUGCUAGACGCAUGAAUUGAUUGUAAUAGUGUUUCUCUCUUCACUCAGUGAGUGAAUAUAUCUACAUUCUAUAGACGAAAUUUUGUGACAGUUUUUUUUUUUAGUCUGGUUUCAUUUUCUAGUUUCAAUAUUGACAUUGAUGAAAAAAAAGGUUUCAGCCAUACCUGUUCUGUGCUGUCUACUAUCCAACAGUGAUCCAGCCUGUCUAAGUGUCUGUGCUGUCCAACAGUGAUCCAGCCUGUCUAAGUGUCUGUGCUGUCCAACAGUGAUCCAGCCUGUCUAAGUGUCUGUGCUGUCCAACAGUGAUCCAGCCUGUCUAAGUGUCUGUGCUGUCCAACAGUGAUCCAGCCUGUCUAAGUGUCUGUGCUGUCCAACAGUGAUCCAGCCUGUCUAAGUGUCUGUGCUGUCCAACAGUAAUCCAGCCUGUCUAAGUGUCUGUGCUGUCCAACAGUAAUCCAGCCUGUCUAAGUGCUGGCUAGUCUUUUACUUUUUUUUUUUAAUGCCCUGUGUUCAAAUCUUAGCAUUUUCAUAUGUUGGAACUCUGCAUUCAUUUUAUUAAGAAAACAAGAUGUAGGUUGAUUAUAUUAAUUGUGAAUCUUGUGAUAUAGACUCAGAGAUAGAGUAGAUCAAUGUAGUAAACACAUUGUCACAUUACACAUUUCUGAAUGUUUUCAUUAUAAUUAAGUAAAAUAAAAAGUUUAACCUAGUCAUUAAUAAAAAUGUAUCAAAUCUAAGUUUUAAAUUUCCUAUACCAUUUUAUAUCACUUGUAGCAUUAUGCUUUGCAAUACUGUCCCCAUAUUGUUAAUAUAUAUAUAUAUCUAUAUGCUGUAUAAAAUCCAGUACAUAACAAUCCUACCAAUUAGAAAGAAAUAUUUGCCACUAGGUGGAGGGUAAAGCACGUCAUGGUCACUUGAUUGAUUCACUUUUCAUUGAUUUAUGUUUUUAAUGGAUGUAUACAUUUGAAAUUAAGGAUUCUUAAGAUUCUUAGGUACUUAACUAUUACACUUUUCAUCCUAGGGAGCAAAUUUUUAAUCCUUCUGUCACUGUUGGGUUACUGCUCAAUACGAAUCUGUUAUGUUGGAUGAGGUUGACCAAUAGACAUUCAGUUGUUGGUCUCAGGUGAUAUUAAUGUCUUACAACAAUAGUAUGAUGUUUAGCAAAUCCGCCAUGUAAAUAUACAAGCAAAAAAUCCUUGACCUUUGAACUGUUUCUGUUGUUUUUUUUUUUUUUUUUUGCAAUGUUCAACGUUUGUUUCUGAAGGCUCAUUGUAUUGCUAUGUUUGGGAUCAAAUAAACAUUUUUGUGCUUGCAAAG